AUAAUACACAGCAUGCUGGCGAUCGACCUGCGCUGUCUAGCUAACCUCGGCCGGAUAUUCGAAUAUACGUUGCAAUAUGGCGAAUUGAUCGAAAUGAAUGAACGAAUUUAUCAUCUGUAAUUUGACAAACACAAUCCAGCCGCACCUUGUAUUUUCAUUUUUUGAGGAACAAAUCUUCCGACAAACAACGUGGAAAUGAGUGAACUUACACCAGAUGAGAUUCGUCGGAGGCGUCUAGCUCACCUAGAUAGAAGUCCUGCUGGUCCGGGAGCUAGGGUGACACCAAGUCAGGAAUCUAAUGUGGACCAGCCAGCGACACCUACUUCUCCAACACAACUUGGAGCAAGCCCGAUUAGAGCCCCAAGACCUCCACUGGUUGUCGAUGUUCCUGAAUCUUCAGCGAGCUGUAGUGAUCUAGGAAGGGGAAGCUCCGUAGAGGGCGCUCAGAGUAAUACAAGCAGCCAAUCACCAAUCUCGGAGGAACCUAUGCCUAGCUUAGACAGCAGUGGGAUUGGGAGCCUCGACCCUGAUCCUCCACAAAGUGUGGACAUGGAUUUCCAAUCGGCAUGUGAUGUAGGGUCUAUAUCUCAGAUGGAUGUGGAUUCCGGUAUUGAGACAACAGAAGUAGAAGAAGCACCCUCGGCAAAAAAGAAGUCUCCCCCUCGUUUGCUAUUAUGUGGGGUAAGUGAACACACCCUGUUGAUGGUCAUGUCUAAAGUGUUUCAUAUAUCAUGGAAGGAACAGGGUUCAGGUGUUCUUUAUCUCAAGGGGCUGGCAGCAGAGUUUGCUGAGGAUCCGACAAAAGUGUUUGGGAGUAUGGAAGACUUGGUGUGUUUGGUUCUGAUGGAGGUACUCACAUUACAUUCAUCAAGUGGCAAUCCAUACUCUAAUCUACCGGAAUCUCAGGCAGCUAGUCCAUCAAGUGGACCUUCCACAUCAUCCGCAUCAUCUGGUAUCCAACGUGAGGCGGAGAUGUUGAACUACAUAGUACAGUGUGUACAAAGGGCUGCGACAGAGGAAAGAUCAGCAUCGGAAGUUUACAGACAGUAUCCAGCCAUGAGGGAUCUAUUACAGGCUGCUAGGCAUCAAUGUGUAUGUCAUGCUGCACUUCUACUACAGGGAAUCUUUACUCAACCUAGGUCAUCUACCGAUCAAUCUUCGCUAUUACCAAUGUUAGAAGAACUCAAUAUGCCAGGAAGCUUCCUUCAAGAGCUUGUGCUUCAAAGUAAUUAUGACCCCCAAGGAUUUAAAAGUAUAUUUUACCCUGUCAUCAUUGGACUAGUACAGAAACUUCAACGAAGCUCACUAUCCUCAGAUGAAUACAGGACACCUCUCAUGAUUUUAAGUGAACUAUGCAGAAUAAAAGUUGGCAAUUCAAGACCUAUUUGUGGCCUUUUGGCCUCAUCACCUCUCUGGUUACCUGAUCCUGUCAGCAGUGCUGCCGGACGAGAGUUGGAACAAUUAUCCCUUCUAGGAGCAUGCUUGAGACUCUCCGUCUUUGCUGAAGAUGAUCAAAAAGUAGCCGACAAAUACUUUGCUACCACCACAGACAGUGCAAGACUGGCCGCUGAUACACUUCAACGAAUACUGGAUCAAGUUAGGGUUGAACAGCAUCACAUUGUACAUAGCAUACUGGUAAACGGUGCAACUAGAGAAUCAAUGCUAACAUUCCUAAGUAAUGUGUUAUCAAGAAACAACAAGAGAGCUCAAAUGCAGGUUGAUGAAAGUCAGGUUGCAGGGGAUGGUUUCAUGCUCAACCUACUCGGCAUCUUUCAUAGACUAAGCCAGAAGAUCCAGCUCAGUAAGGUUGAUGUACGCUACACACACCACCCAAAGACUAGGGUGGACGUCUCUCAAGAAACUAAGAUGAACAUGACGGAACAAGAGGCCCAGGAGUGGCUUAAAAGCAUCAAGCCCGAGACAUGGGUGGAUCCCAAGUUCCCAACAGAGUGCUACUUCAUGACCCUUCACUGCCAGCACCUUGCCCUCUUACCAGCCUGCAGACACUACUCCCAACGGAUCCGAACACUGAGGGAGCUCGCCAGGCUGACAGAGGAUCUACAGAACCAGGAACCCCAGUGGAAGGGGACUCCACUGGAGCGCAGGAACAGGCAGCUACUUGAGCGUUGGAAAUCACAGACGAAAAAAAUUGAGAAGGCUAAAGUGUGUGCUGAUGCCGGUCUGUUGCAUGAGAAUCUCUUGCGGGGUUCCUUCCAGUUCUACGGCACCGUCAUGUCUCUCCUGGUGGGUCUUGUUAGUCCUAAUGGACCAAGCCUGCCGUUACAAACAGACAUUCCUCCUGAAUUUGCUGCUCUGCCAGAAUACUACAUAGAAGAUAUUGCUGAGUUUCUUCUCUUUGUGGUUCAACACAUGCCUCAGAUCUUGGAAGACACUGCCCAACAUGACAUGGUUCCUUUCCUUCUAACCUUCAUGUGUUCAAAUCAGUAUCUCAAGAAUCCUUACCUUGUUGCUAAGCUCGUAGAGGUAUUCUUUGUGCUUAGUCCAGCUGUUCAACCAAAAACUGCCAAGCUCUUUGAGGCUAUUCAACUCCACUCGCUAGCCAUUCCACAUCUUGUUCCUGCACUCAUGAAAUUCUAUACUGAUAUUGAGACAACGGGAGCAAGCAGUGAAUUCUAUGACAAGUUCAGUAUCCGUUACCAUAUCAGUAUCAUUUUCAAAGCUCUCUGGAGGAUUCCCUUACACCAAGAUGUCUUUGUAAAGACCAGCGAGGUGCAAGAUUCCAACUUUGUUCGAUUUAUCAACAUGCUGAUGAACGACACCACGUUCCUCCUUGAUGAGAGCAUUGGUUGCCUGAAACGCAUCCAUGAGAUUCAGGAAGUCAGGAAGGAUCAACAGAAAUGGAGGGAACUUUCUCAGGAGGAGCAGCAGAGCCGAACUCGUCAGCUUUCUUCUGAUCAGCGUCAAUGCCGGUCCUACCUCACACUUGCCAAUGAGACACUAGAGAUGUUCAACUACCUCACUGUACAUAUCAAGAAACCCUUCCUAAGACCGGAGCUGUGCAGUCGUCUUGCCGUCAUGCUAAACUCCAACCUCCAGCAGCUAUGCGGCCCAAGGUGCAAUGAUCUCCGUGUUGAGAACCGUGAGAAGUAUGGUUUUGAGCCACGUAAGAUGCUUGAUCAGUUGACCACUAUCUAUCUCAACCUGGACAGUAAAGAACUUGUAGAGGGCAUCGCUGCGGAUGAGAGAUCCUUUUGCCAGGAUAUCUUCGCUGAAGCCAUCCUCAUUAUGAAUCGGAACAACAUCAAGUCCUCCUCGCAGAUCCAGCAGUUCUCUGAUCUAUCUCAGAGGGCUCAAAGAUUGGCCGAGAUGAAUAGACAGACAGACCUUGAUCUGGAAGACGCUCCUGAUGAAUUUAGAGAUCCACUGAUGGCAACGUUGAUGGAGGACCCGGUGACGCUACCAUCUGGUAAUGUCAUGGACCGUUGUGUUAUAGAGCGCCAUCUAUUGAACUCACAGACAGACCCGUUCAACCGUAGUCCUCUCAGUAGUGAUAUGCUGAUACCAGCCACUGAACUCAAGGAGAGGAUACAAGCAUGGAUCCAAUCUAAGAUGAGGAAAAAUUGAUGGUCGGAUCAAAUGUACAACAAUAAACCAACCAAACCAUAUCAAUCCAACAACUCGACCCAGGAGUGGUUCAAGCACAGCUCGCUUCCUGUGUAAGCAUUGAUUAGCCAUUGCAAACCUGAUGGAAAUGAAGUGGGGAAUGCAUAGAAUACUGCUUCAGGGAUUAUUCUUACAAUUAUGAUUGAUCCAAGUGAUCUCAGCUAUGGAAAGCCAUCAAUCGCAUAAUACCUUCAACAAAGAUCUAAUUGUGUAAGCAUUAAUUAGCCAUUUUAAACCUGACAAAUAGAAUGUAACAUCAAGGCCUGAAUGAUAAUAGUAAUAAUAUAGGUAUAUUUACCCAGUCAAGCCACUUCAGUUCUGAAAACUGUUCUCCAAGCGGGCCUAGCUAUCAUGUAGGAUAAUUUGUGAGUGAUCAGUCUGAUCUUAACUAUGGAAAGCUGUCCAUGUCAUAAUUUGUUCCAGGAUACAUUAUGCACUGUCCCUUUGUGAAUGAAAAAGCAAAUUAAUUGUUCAAUACAAUGAGAGGAGUGGAGUAAUUUGAUAUGUCAUGCUUUUCAGAUGCUGGAGGUGCUGGCCUUCCAUAGGUAAAUCUUAUUGGAUCAUUCAUAAGCUGAGCUGAGUGAGAAUAGGCCUUGGAAGAAAAGAAAAUGUUUAUUUGUGCUGGACAAUUGUUAUUCAUGCAUAAACUGUACUGAUAUAAAGGGAGAGGAAGAAACGGAACACUGGAAAAUACUGAAAAAUGAUGUUGUUCAAAGGGGCAUUGAUUAAAUUACAGUAGAUUGCAUGUUACUUCUAAGCCCCAGAAUCAAUCACAAGUCUUUGUACAAAUUGCAAAUCUGUGAAGGCAUGCUGGUCUAGUCUGCUUCUUACAACAGAAAUUAUGAAUCGACUUGCUAUCGUUAGAAAUGAUCUAUUGUGUACAAAUUUGCAAUUGAUAUUUUCAGUCAGUUGAAUGAUGGCAAAUAAUUUGUUUGUACCCCCACUUUUUCUGUAUUUGUCAAAUCCCUUAUUCAUUUUGGUCCAUCUUUAUCAAUUCUUAUUAGAAAUCAGCAUUUCACAGAUUGACAGAGAAUACAGUUCAAAACCCACUGACCAAGUUUUCAUUAUCAUAGAAUAUUAUUUUUGCAGAACUCCUAAAAGUGCUGUCUAGUAAUCGACAAAAUGUCAACAUCAUAUCAUCCUAACAUAUAAGAGUUUAAUGAUACCAGAUUUAAUCUCUUAGACUAUCAAAAGUUUGUUAGCUCAUUAGAAAAUUAUUACUCUUACAUAACUCCUAGAUACAGUGUGUUUAGAAGGCGAUGUGACUCUCCUUAUGGGUGAAACAUAGAAGAUUAGAUCUCUUUUUCACUGAAGGAGUCAUCAUUGUUAUGGAUAUGUUCAUGUAUUUUUGCUAUGAAUAGCUGAACGGACCUUCCACCCCCCCCCCCCCCGGCCAUCUGGAUACCAGUCUGUUUCAUUGCGCUUUUGUUACAGUCAAGUUUUCUAAAAUUUAAUCAGAUCAGUAGAGAAGGAGAUAGAGGUCGUUUCUUCUAAUCUCGCUGUUUCGUGCAAUUGAACCUUCGCCAAAGAUGGAAGAAAGAAUGUGUAUGUUGUAUACGUAACCCUAUACAUUCUAUUAUUAUUAUUAUAGAUUUCCUUGUUAGCAUCUUGAAAAGCCAUUAUCUUGGGCACGUAACACAAAGUUAGCAACUGACCGUCCAAUUGAUUCUUACAAUUGAUUUUCUAUAAAGAGGUCAAAGCAAUCAAUAGUAAUUUGUUUUACGUCAAUCAAUUUGUGUUUGUGAUCCCUGAUAUUAUUAAUGUUUACUUUAUAAGUCUUAAGAUCCUGGGGGUAAAUUUGUUUGAUUAUUUUUUAAUGUAAAUAAUAUUAAUUGUAAAUGAUGUGGUUGGGUAGUAUUGCCAUGGUAAUGGUUCUAGGAAUGUAAAUAAGAAUUUUUAAAGUUACCAUUAUUGACUGGGGAGAAACACAGUGCUGUAGCAAACUAGGGGGGGUUCAAUUCAAAUUUUAGGCAAUUUCAUAAAAUAUUCAACCAUUUUGUACAUCCGACCCCCAUUUUGCUCCAUUCUUUCUUCACUUCAAGAACUUCUCACACCAGGAUAAUUCUUAUGAGCAAGAGAUCAGGCAAUUAAAUUUAAUGGCUAGAAUUUGCAGGUCCCCCCCCCCAUAGAAUGAAAGUUUAGACAGGGUAGCAUUCAUCCAUUUGAUGAGUAAUGCAAUUGAGUUCUAAUUGUAUUUUUAUAGUAACAUUUAUUUUCAGUCCUUAAUAUUUCUGAUCCAUUUUGAUCUGUCCUCACUAUUUUUAUCUGCCACAAACAAAGGAUAGUGAUGAACUGUCUAUUCUGGUUUCUUUAGUUUUACAGAUACAUGUACGCAUUUGUAAGUCAUCACAUUUGGGAUAUUCUUUAACUACUAAUCUGAAUCCAAUUAAUACAUGUAGCUGUAUGAUUAUUUUGAAAACAUAUGAUUGUUACCAAUUCAGACCUUCUGUUGUGGCAAGAAACUUUUAUCUUUUGCAAGCGAAUUUUAGGGCAAGUAUCAAUUGUAAAUCUGGGAAUAACUUGCAAGUUUUGAAUUAAGUGCAGGUCAAAACAUCAAAGGCUACUGAGUACUCUUAGGAGAGUUAAAAGUAAUUCUUCUUUCAACACAGUUUGAAAUUAUUGUUUAUUCUGCCAUCAGUUCACUUUUAUUUCUAAUAUUCGCAUCUAUUGCAUAUCAUUAAAGUUAGCCUUGGCUAAUUUGUUUUCUUAUUUGUAAAUUACAGUCUAUGCAUUGCAUAUUGUAGGCAUUCUAGCUUAUCACGGCAUUUGAUUUAUUUGAGUGUCACAUUGUGGCCUAUUGGAGGCUGGGCCGGAAUACGUUUAUAUGCAGACAGCUAAGUAUGGAAAAUGUUAUAAACAGCCAUUCUCAAGUUAAAAUUAAAAGGUUUGAGUGAUGGAAGCAUUUACAUGGAUUGGUUUAGUGCAGUAUUAGCAUGAAUGAUAGUGAUACAAAAGUUCAAUAGUUUGGAGGGUAUAUAUGUUAAUGAUUGUUUUUCCAGAUCUAUCGGGCCCUUUUUCUCAAACAUGAUAUCAGUCGCAACAUACACUUCAUCCAAUCAUAAGCUCCAAUUGCUUAUUGUAACUUGAAAUUGAUAUCACAUUUCAUGAAACCUGGCCAGGUUGUAUAUUCCAAGCUUAUGUAUAUUUUGCCAUGCAUCAUUAAAGAGGAUUGUUUUGCCAGUCUUUUUUCUUUAAUACAAAGCUUUAGCACAAAGUAUUGUUGGUUGUUUGUAUUAAAGAUUUAAAAGGGAAGUUCACCUUGAUAAAGAGCAGAAAAUAUAAAUGAAAACAUAUUGGAAAUUCCAUUAAAGAUUUAAAAAGAAUUUUAUUUCUUUUUUGAUUUGUGAUGUCACAUGCGAGCAGCUGUACAUGUAUUGUGAAUUGAAAAUUCAAUGAAAAGUCAUUUUCUUAAAAGAAAAAUUGAAAAUGGGUUUAUUGUAUCUUUAGUAUAUCAACAAUCAAAUUAUUUCACACCCAUUCCUAAAGAAAAAUUUAGUCAUCAUGAAUCACUAAAGGAUUGAAAUUUAUUCAGUUUAUAUUAUAUAACAUAUGAGACAGCUACUUGUGUAUGACAUCACAAAUCAAAAACUUAAAAUUCUAAUAGCUUUCUUAAUAGCUUUCUUAAUAUUUAAUGGAUUUUCCUCAAAAUCUUCACUGAUAAUUUUUAUUAUUUUUUCUGCUAUUUUUACAAUAAACUUUUCAUCAGUGUGAAUUUCCCCUUUAAAAUCCUGUGUGUGUAAUUAUAUAUUUAUUUAGAUAGCCAGACAAUGUCUAUAAGAGUAUUUAACCAAAUGUACCUUUUUUGCAUCCACUAGUGCAUGUUGACUUUGUAUUUGUGUAUCCCACUUUGACAUGUGACCAUUGCUCAUACAUGUGUAUUUUUCAUGUGGGUGCAAGGACGCCCUCUGUUGUUUUAAGCUAGGAAUGGGAAUUAACCCUUUCCUGAGAUAGGUGCACAUUGUAACUAAACGAUGUAUGCACCAUGGAUGUGAAAAAUAUCAUUUCAACUUUUAUCUUGAUAUGCUUUUUUCACAUGGAUAUAUUAAUUGAAGCCAUCACAUGAUGAACUUGUUAUAAAUAUGAUGUAGUGUUAUUUUUAUUUCAGCUUUAAAGACUUUUUUUAAGUAUGAGUGAAAGAUGUAGGUCAGUAUUCAAUCCAAUAUCUAAUCCAGAAAAAAAGUCAGUAGGCCUAUUUUUACUUUGAUUUUUACUUAGAUGAUAUACUCAGCCAAUCUCAGUAUUCAGUUUAUUAAUUUUGUACGUGCUAUUAUUUACUUGAGAUUCAAUAUGUGUUGCAAGGAGACUCAACCAAAUAUUUCAGAGGUUUUUUUUUUAGUCAGCAGAUAGAAUAUGAGAUGCUGUUAUCUUAAGCUGCAUAGAAAUUUAUAGAACCUUGAGCGCUAUUACUAAUUGCAAAGUGAUUUUUUAAUAGAAGCAUCCAAAAAUUGUUAAAUGUUGGAAAAUUAUGUGGAUUUUUUUUCUAAAUAUGUGUUUUUGAAUGAGAGCAAAUAUGCACCCGCUUCUGGAAACAUUUGGCAGAUAUUUUUGAUGCAAAUUGACUUGACAGAAAUCUUUUUUUAUUGUAAAGAGACCUUUAGCCCAUGCUUUAUUAAGGAAUUUCUUAAAAGCUUUAACCAAGCUCCUCAUCCCAGAAAAGAUGGCAUUUUCUCAUGGGCCACCUCACCUGAAAAAAAGAUUUAUACAUGUAGAUAGAUUGAUCUGCAAAAAAAAUAAUGAACAGUUUCAGUAAGGCUAUGGUGUUCAAGAGCACCUGUAAAAUGUGAGAGCAUUCACUCAAUCAGCACAUGGUUUUUAUGGUGUUUUUUCCAAGCAAGCCUUUGUUAUUUCAAAUGAUAUGGGCAACUGUGUCUAGUAAAGGUUUCCUUGAAACUCAAUCUUAAAAAAAAAAAGACGAGUGUAUAAUUGAAUAUUACUAGGUCUCAGAUAUUUGGAAUACCAUUACUUAUUCAAGUAAUAGAUGUGAUCAUUGUGAUGUGAUGAUUCUAUUGUAAUUGUAAAAGAGUUUAGAUAUAGCUACACAUCUAUUUGUACACUUAAUGAACUAAGGUGUCUAGAAUAGCACCUGUCACUUUUGUAGAGGAGCACAUGCUCUGAUGCUUAUUUUACACUCUGGAGUUGAACAUGACACUCAAUAGUGUUAAAAUAGCACCCAACAUGUGUAACUUAUAAUAAUACUAAAGGUGUUGAACUGACACCAUAUAUGUAACACUGGUGUCAAAUCCAUAGUGUGGACUUCUAUGAACACUGGUGGUGUACUUUAUAACACCAUGUCUUUUGUGUAAACAAGAGAGUUGACUACAGUGCCAUAUAGAUGUCAUCCAUGUAUUCUCCAGUCAUGUAAUCAGUUGGUAAUGUGAUUUUUUAACAUUUUAUUUUAUAUCUUUUCCUUGUUUUCGAACAUAUUUGUAAGUUUCAUAAGGAAUGUCUUGAGUUUAAAGGUUAAGGAUGUCAAAAAUUGAAUUUUAAAUUAUAGGGGAAGAUGUGGUCAUGUAAUGUGAAUGAUCAAAUAAUAAUGCAAUAAUAUUUGAAAGCGUGACUGUAGACUAUAGUUGUGAUUGGCAAAGAAUUAAAUACAUGUAGGUCAAAUGGCUGUACACAAAAAGCAAA